ACUGCACACUGCCUUGUGGGUAAGACAUGUCAGCGCCCUGCUCAAGGAAACGCACUACCCAUCAGCAAUUGUCACGUUGAGAUGCCCAUAUCGUACCCUUCAGGGCACCGGUCAUCGUUGAAUGUACUCAAAUAACCCGGACCAUGUCGGAAUACGUUGAAAAAGACAGCGGUGCUAGUAAGACGCUUUCACGAGACGUGAUCGCCGACUUGCUGCAAAAAAACUUCGACAAAUUGCCCGACAUUGACCGCAAGCUCUUCUUGUACGGGCCCAUGUAUCUGGGAGGAAACGGGGGGCUUGUCGGGCUGAUCGCAAACAGCUUGUACCGCCGAGCCUUGAACGUCACUCAGGGGCCCAUCACCUCCAGCCUUCCGAUGGCUGUACUUCCCUUUAUGACGACGUAUUUCCUUUACAACGCCACGGUGUCGAGCCCUCUCCUGUUUGGUGACCUCAACUGUCCCACCUGCGUGCUCAUGAGAGGCGCACUGGUGGGUGUGAUCGGCGGCGCAGUGUACCCCAUCAUCCUGGCCCUACCUGUCAACAUGGGCCUUGCGUCCAGGUACAACACGGCGCCGAUGCCGGAGAAGGGAAACAUCCUGCGGCACUGGAUGGACCUCUCCAGGCCCAUUCUGAGGAAGAUGAGGGCAGUGAUUGUCCUCCAGGCAUUUUUCGGUACCUUCCUCAGCUCCAGGAACUUUGAAAGCUACACCACGCUCACCAAGAUCACUUUUGGCCCGCACGCGGAGGAACUAAAAGACUGAAAUGUGCUCAAGGAAAUAAACUGCCGAUUUCCCUUCAAUUAUCGUGUUCAUGUAAUUAAUUUACAGAAAGUAUGACUUAGUUUCAUGAAGUCAUAGCUUUAUUUAAUCAUCCGUUGUGGUUGCCUAUUUAAUGGAUGUUAGUAGUAAGGUGUCAUUGAGUGUUUUGAAAGAUGCUUAUAAAUAAAAAAUGUAUUAUUAUUUUUAGUGGACUUAAAAAUAAACACGCCUUGGUAAUAUUCCGAUGAUCGACACAUCUGGAGUGCAAUCCAAAAGUAAUUCAUUUAUGUUGUCUGCAUGAGGUGUGUUUUAAAAAUUUAAUUUACAUCUGCUCAGCAUAAUUUUGUUUAAUGAAAUCACUUCAGGGAUUUUAGUGGACUAAAAUAAUGUUUAUUUCAUGUAGUAUUGACAGACCCACAGUCAGUCAUCAUUACAGUACUGUACUUAAUAUGUGUUUUAUUUUCUUGAUGACUUUUUACUUUUUGUCCCUGCAACUGAAAGCCUGUGUAUGUGUCUUUGUCAGAAUAGGCUCGUUACUUUUUCUAAAAAUAGCUAAAUCAA